AAACCAGUGAAAAGGAGCAGAAAAAAAAUUUUUCCAGGAUCAAAACAGAAGCGAAAAUCUGGAUCAAAACAGAAAGGGAAUUCAGGAUCUAAACCGAAAAGGACCAAAUUGACCCCCCUUUGCAAAGUGUAGGUGGAAAACAAAACAUAAUUCAAGUCGCAAGUCGGUCGUCGUCUGUCUCCCGUCUGUUUAAAGUGUUUUAAUUUUAGUUUAGUUUUUGCUUUCUAAGUGACUGGUCGUGCCAUGAGCGUGUAUCUUAUACAUAGUUGAUUUUUCUAUUGAAGUCUGCUUGUUCUGGGAGGUUUUUUCAUUUGCGCUGCUCUCUUUAUUUUCAACAUAUUCGUCUACGUGCCAUUUCGACGCGUAUUUGAGCAGCAACAAAUAGAGAAACUGCGUAAAAAUAGAUUCGCUAACAAGUGUGCAAGGAGUCCAAACAGAAGAGAAUUUGGAUUAUCGUUUUAAUUAUCUUGCUGGCUGUGCAUUUAAUUCGUGAAAAUUUAGUAAGGCCGUUUGCUGGAACUAAUUAAAAUAAAAAGUCAAUUGUUGUUUUGAGCAGUGGACUCAUAUAAAGUAAAUACAAUAUACGCCCUUGCGAAUACAAAUAAAAAUAAAAUACACGUAUACAUAAUACCCACGUUUUCGGCUGCAGACCUAUUUUGAAUGUCCGAAAAUAAAGGCAUAAUGCUAGCCAAAUCUAUGCAAAAACAUGCAGGACGUGCCAAAGAAAAGAUUCUCCAGAACUUGGGCAAGGUAGAUCGCACAGCUGAUGACAUUCUAGAUGAUCACUUAAACAAUUUCAAUCGCCAACAAGCAAGUGCAAACAGAUUGCAAAAAGAAUUUAAUAAUUAUAUUAGAUGUAUUCGUGCUGCACAAUCUGCUUCAAAAUCUUUGAUGGAGGCUGUUGGCGAAGUCUAUGAGCCACAAUGGACCGGUUAUGACGCGUUGCAAGCACAAACAGCAGCCUCGGAGAGUCUGUGGCAAGAUUUUGCACACAAACUGGGUGAUCAAGUGCUGAUUCCGCUUAAUACUUAUACCGGACAAUUUCCCGAAAUGAAGAAAAAGGUAGAAAAACGCAAUCGUAAACUAAUUGAUUACGAUGGCCAACGUCACUCGUUUCAAAAUCUCCAGGCCAAUGCUAAUAAGCGAAAGGAUGAUAUUAAGUUAACGAAAGGCCGUGAACAGCUUGAGGAGGCUAGACGCACCUAUGAAAUAUUAAAUACUGAACUGCAUGACGAGCUGCCAGCAUUAUACGAUUCAAGGAUAUUAUUUCUAGUUACCAACUUGCAGACCCUCUUUGCCACAGAGCAAGUUUUUCAUAAUGAAACGGCCAAGAUCUACUCGGAGCUUGAAGCCAUCGUUGAUAAAUUGGCAACUGAAUCCCAACGUGGAUCGAAUACACUACGCAAGCAAACGGCCAAUGUUGUUAAGGCUUCCAGCCCAGCUCAAUUGCCUGUAAACAAAUUAAGUAACUCCAAUCCUAAUAAUAGCCAGAACUAUCAAAAUCAAAUCACCAUAAACGGCGAUGGAGCCAACAGCCCAACAUCUACAAACUCGAUUUUGCUUGAGCCUCGAUUUGACUCAAUUUCUUCAACGCCAGAACCACAAGCAACAGAAAUAAAAAACCUAGAACUGAAAGAGGCGCCAGCUAAAACCGAAGCGACCACCAAAAGCAGCGGUUCUGAUCCAGAAACUGGUGCAGUAGCCACGGGAGAAGACAAAACUGAUUCCAUAGACAUAAGCAGUCCAAAUGCUAACACAAAGCCCAACUCAACUGUGGUUCAAGGGGUAACAACGGCUAUCGAAGAGAUUUUUGAGCAGACGACGACCACGACGGCAGCAAUGUCUGAGGUGAAUGGAAGCAACAAUAACAAUAAUAAUGGUGAAGCGACAGAGCUUGCACAUAAAGAAUCAUCCAUAUCCACUUCUGCAUCGACAAGCGGUGGGAAACAGCCCAAAGAGUUGCCAUCGGUGCUCAAUAAUGGCAACAAUUCUUUUGAGGAGCACAAAUUGAAGAAAUUAGAUGCCAACGCUGUCGAUUUGCCGCCUGGAGUUCUUUAUCGAGUAAAGGCUACAUAUGGCUAUGUGAAAGAAGAUGUGGAUGAGCUCAGUUUUGAAAUUGGAGAUACAAUUCGCGUUAUUGAGUAUGAUGACCCUGAGGAUCAGGAGGAAGGAUGGUUAAUGGGGCAAAAGGAAGGCACUCAGGAGAAAGGCUUGUUUCCCGCCAACUUUACCCGCCCUAUUUAAGCUGAACCAGCUAGAUUGAGAAAACAUCGAGAUCUGACAAAUUGUUGUUAUAUAUUUCAACAGACAAAACUUUUGGUCAACUUUGCCUCAAGAAAUUAUUUUUUGUCCUAAUUUUAAAUUGUUUUGUUUUAAAUUUACUACGCAAUUAAAAAUGCAGUGCUUCCCAAACCUUUA